GCGGCGUCUUUGUUUCCCAUCUUUCCUCACAAAAGCGAGAGACCCUGGUGGGGUGGGGGAUCACAGACAGACAGAGCAGCGGCUGCCCGGCGGCACCACAAAAAGCGUUCGUCGGGGCUUUGGAUUCCCAGGAAUUCCGUUCCAAAGCACCGCAGCACCCGCAGCAGCAGCCGAAUCGCGGGACCCCGACGCGCGCGCCGGACCGCCUGCGCACACCACCGCACAGCGCACGCACGCACGCACGCACGCCUACUCCUCUUCCUCCCCUCCCCUCCCCUGUCCCCUCCUCCAACCGUCCGUCACCCUCCUCCCGCCGCGCAGCAGCCAGAGCAGAGCGGAGCGAGCAAAUCCUGGGGCCGGGGGGGCUUUCGCACCCGCUCCGAUCUCCCCGGUGCUGGUGGAUUCGCUCGCUCCCCUUUUCUUGACGCCGGGUCGGGUUGGGUUGGAUUUGGUUGCGAGGUGAGGAGGUGUGGUUGAGGGUGGGAGAGGAGAGCGAGCUCGCGCGCUCGGGUGGUGGCGGAGUGGUUACUACUGCUUCCCCGCUUGGCUUCUUGCUCGCGCCCCGCUGGGCUGGGCCGUGUCGUGCCAUUAAAGCCGGCGCCUUUGGGUUUUCUUCUCUCUCCACCUCUCUCUAUCCGCCCCCGCUCUCCCACUCCCCUCUCCCUCUCUAGCUCCAGAUUGGUGCCUUCCUUCCCCCCGUCCUCCUAGCGGUCGGUGGUUGGAGCUCGACUGGGGCUCUGAGGUCCAAAUCCGCCGCCUUCCCGUGGCGCGCCCCUCCGGAAUUCUUGCCUUCUUGGGCUCCGAAUCUCGCCGCCGGUCCCCGCCGCGGGGGGGAGUUUGAUUCGCGGCGUUUCUUGCCAAUUCGGGGGUGAUUUGGGCCCCUGGAUGGCGAGGAUUUGAGUGGAUUCGUCGAGGGGAACAAGUGGAGGUGGGGUUCUGAUUUGGUUCGCCACUUCGCCGUGGUAUGUGCCAUGAGGAAGCUCUUCUUCUCCGAGUCGGCCUGCAAGGAGACCAAGCUCCACUCCGCGCCCCACUCAUGGCUGCCCCUCGAGAGGGGGAAGCUCUCCAAGUUCUCCGGCCAUGCCGCCGCCAGCUCCUCCAUAGAUUCCUUGAUGAAGAUGCCGGAGCCGGCGGUGCUUCCGCACUUCAAGCCGGCCGACUAUGUCGACAUACUGGCACAGAUACACGAGGAGCUGGAGUCCUGCUCUCCUGACGAGAAGUCCUGCCUGUACCUGCUCCAGUUCCAGGUCUUCCGCGGCCUUGGUGAGGCCAAGCUGUCGCGGAGGAGCCUCCAGUCCGCGUGGGAGAAGGCGAGCACCAUCCACGAGAAGCUCAUCUUUGGGGCGUGGCUCAAGUAUGAGAAGAAAGGGGAGGAGGCCAUUGCCGACCUGCUUAGCUCGUGUGGCAAGUGCUCGCAGGAGUUCAGGCUGCUGGAUUUCGUGUCGCAGGUCUCCACUGGGUCACAUGUGAUGAGCUAUGAUGAUGAUGAUGAUGAGUCUGAUGAGUUUCAGGGUUCUGCGGUGGUUCAUUUCCGGAUAAGAGAUGACAUGAUUGCAUGUGAUCGGAGGAAGCUCGCGGCUUUGUCAACUCCGCUUUAUGCAAUGCUUAACGGUGGAUUUAGGGAAUCGUAUCUGGAGGUCAUUGACAUGUCUAGAAAUGGCAUCUCCCCAAUUGGCAUGAGGGCAAUCAGUAAAUUCAGUCUAUCAGGAAGACUACCAUACUUGUCCGCUGAUGCUAUCUUGGAGAUGCUUGAUUUUGCCAAUAAGUUUUGCUGCAAGGGCCUCAAGGAUGCCUGUGAGCGAAAGCUUGCUUCUUUCGUCUCUUCAAGGCAAGAUGCUAUAGACUUCAUGGAGUGUGCUCUUGAGCUGGGCUGUUCCAUCCUUGCUGCUUCGUGCUUGCAAGUGCUCUUGAAUGAGCUUCCAGAGUGCUUGAAUGAUGAACAAGUGGUUAGGAUAUUCUCCUCUGCAAAUAAGGCACAGAGAUUGACAAUGGUUGGCAAUGCAUCUUUCUCCCUAUAUUGCCUUCUUAGUGAAGUCUCCAUGAGUACCAACCCGACAUCGGAUGUCACUGUAAGUUUCUUGGAAAAGCUGGUAGAGUCAGCAUCAGAUUCUAGGCAGAAACAACUAGCCUUACAUCAGCUGGCAUGCACCAGAUUUCUAAGGAAAGAUUACCCUGAAUCUGAGCGCCUGUUCAAUGCUGCCUUUUCUGCCGGCCAUCUCUAUUCGUUAGUGGGUUUGGCUAGAUUGGCCGCUCUGAGGGGUAAUAAGCAUUUUGCUCUCAAGUUUCUAGACUCUGUUAUGUCAUCUCGGUGGCCUCUUGGUUGGAUGUAUCAAGAGAGAGCACUAUAUUUGGAAGGUGAUAACAAGUUAGAAAAUCUUAACAAGGCUACAGAGUUGGACCCUACUCUUACAUAUCCCUAUAUGUUUCGAGCUGCAUCUUUGAUGAAAAGGCAAAGUGUUGAAGCUGCAUUGAUGGAGAUCAACCGGAUCCUUGGAUUCAAGCUGGUGCUGGAGUGCUUAGAACUGAGGUUCUGUUGCUACCUUGCUCUUGAGGAUUAUAGGGCUGCCUUAUGUGACGUGCAGGCAAUCCUCACUCUUGCCCCAGAUUAUCGUAUGAUUGGUGGCCGGGUUGCUGCCAAGCAGCUGCGAAUGCUAGUGCUAGAGAAUGUAGAGCAGUGGACAGCUGCUGACUGUUGGAUGCAACUUUAUGAUCGCUGGUCAUCUGUGGAUGAUAUAGGGUCCCUCUCUGUUAUAUAUCAAAUGCUGGAGUCAGAUAAUGCCAAAGGAGUUUUGUACUUUAGGCAAUCUUUGCUUCUUCUCAGAUUAAACUGUCCUGAGGCGGCAAUGAGGAGUUUGCAGCUUGCUCGUGAGCAUGCUUCAAGUGAUCAUGAAAGGCUUGUCUAUGAAGGAUGGAUAUUGUAUGAUACUGGCCACUGUGAGGAAGGACUGCAGAAAGCAGAAGCAUCAAUUGCAAUACAAAGGUCAUUUGAGGCAUUUUUUCUGAAAGCUUAUGCUUUGGCCGAUUCAAGUCUUGAUCCUUCGACCUCAGCAACAGUUGUAUCACUUCUAGAAGAUGCAUUGCGGUGUCCCUCAGAUAGACUUCGGAAGGGUCAGGCUCUAAACAACCUCGGAAGUGUUUAUGUGGAUUGUGGAAAGCUAGACCUGGCAGCUGAAUGCUACAUUAACGCCCUAAAGAUUGGCCACACCAGAGCGCAUCAAGGCCUUGCAAGGGUUCAUUUCCUUCGGAACAACAGAGCUGGUGCAUACGAUGAAAUGACCAAGCUGAUAGAGAAGGCCAGGAACAAUGCAUCAGCAUAUGAGAAGAGAUCCGAGUACUGCGACCGGGAGCUAACAAAAACGGACUUGCAGAUGGUCACCAAACUGGACCCUCUGCGAGUCUAUCCCUACAGAUACCGUGCUGCUGUGCUGAUGGACAACCACAAGGAGAAAGAGGCCAUCGCGGAGCUGACCAAGGCUAUCGCCUUCAAGGCGGACCUGAACCUGCUCCACCUGCGCGCGGCCUUCCACGAGCACAUUGGCGACAUCUCGAGCGCCCUCCGGGACUGCCGCGCGGCCCUUUCGGUGGACCCCAACCACCAGGAGAUGCUGGAGCUUCACCACCGGGUGAACAGCCAGGAACCCUGAGCGAGCGCCCCAUGGUGUACAUACAGGACAGGACAGGAACCCUCAUAGCCAUACCAGUGUAUGUUUUGUACCAUACACAGCAGAUCAAUGUAAGGAUAGUAGAAAGCCAGUUUAGAUCCCUCCCUCCUCCCCUUGAAAACCAAACACCCCCAUUCCUUGUGUCCGGUAAUUAGAUGUGUUGUUUGCUAUAGCCUCCCCUUAGUAAAUUAUUGUUGUCGAUUGUGAUUAAGCCUCCUAAUUGUACCCACCAUGUGGCCCAGCGGGCCAUUAUGUCAGAAUCAAGAAGUUUUGACUGUACCACGUGUAUGUAAAUGAAAUGGGGAAAAGGAUGAAUGGAAGCUUUUGUCGGCGCAAAACUGUCAGGCUUGCAGGCAACUUGCCGAUCACUAA